CCGUCGAAACCGACGACGAGUGACCGAUCGUCGUCGAACCUCAAUCUGGACGUAGUUCGAACUGUAACAUAUCAGAUAGAAUACCCACCCGAUGAAGUGAAGCGAUCCUCGUGCUAGUGAUCGAUAUUAAUAUAUCAUCAGUUCUUUUUUUCCCCUUUCUAUUGUGACGUAUACAAUGGACGUAAAUAAAAUACAUGUGCGGCAGAAAGUGAAGUAUCCCAAAUCAGUAUUCUUCAUUAUCAGCAAUGAAUUCUGCGAGAGAUUUUGUUAUUAUGGAAUGCGCACCGUCCUCUCGCUGUACUUGUUUAACAUGCUGGGAUACAGUGAGGACACUUCUACAAUAAUCUAUCAUGUCUUCACCUGUUUCGUCUAUUUCUUUCCGCUGUUGGGUGCGAUCAUAUCCGAUUCAUGGCUCGGAAAAUUCAAUACUAUUUUUUAUUUAAGUAUUAUUUACGCACUUGGACAAGUGAUUCUAUCCUUGAGUGCGGCACCGACCAUCGGUUUGCCCGCAAGAGAAUUUUCCAUGUUGGGUUUAUUUCUGAUAGCGGUUGGUACAGGCGGAAUAAAACCCUGUGUGUCGGCCUUCGGAGGCGAUCAGUUCAUUCUGCCUCAGCAGGAAGUACAGUUAGCGAUGUUUUUUUCCCUCUUCUACUUCUCCAUUAAUACAGGUUCCCUAAUCUCCACGUUGCUGACUCCGGUGAUUCGCGAAACAAAAUGCUUUGGAGGCGAUUGUUACUUUGUGGCAUUUUUAGUGCCGGCCUGUUUGAUGAUUCUAUCGAUUGUGAUAUUCGUCUCGGGGAAAAGACUGUAUAAAAUAGUGAAUCCCUCGGGCAAUCUCAUCGUCAAGGUUACCAAGUGCGUUUGCCAUGCAAUUGGCAAUAAAAUAAAAAAGAAAGAGGGAAAACGCGAUCACUGGCUCGAUCAUGCUGAUGAUACUUACGACAACAAACUGAUCGAAGAUAUCAAAGUUUCACUGCGAGUUCUGAAAUUGUUCAUACCACUGCCAAUAUUCUGGGCGCUCUACGAUCAGCAGGGCUCCCAAUGGACAUUCCAAGCAACGCGAAUGGAUGGCCAAAUAGGUAGUUUCAUGCUGCUGCCCGAUCAGUUGCAAGCCGUCAAUCCACUGUUGAUCAUCAUCUUCAUACCAAUUUUCGAGACUUGUAUCUAUCCGGCUUUCGCCAAAAUACAUAUCAUCGAUACACCCUUGAAAAAGCUCGUUGCCGGCGGAUUCUUGGCCAGUGUUGCUUUCAUCGUAGCUGGUAUUGUUGAAAUACAAAUCGAGAGCACGUAUCCGACGUUACCGGUAAAAGGAUCUGCUCAAAUCCGUAUUUUCAAUACAAUGGAUUGUAGCGUGAGUAUAGAUAUAGUAGAUCAAGGCCAGAUUAAAAUAUACCCAGUAAGUAGAUCAGAAACUCUAGAAGUGAAAGCAAUAAAUGGGUCUAUUGAAAUGCUCGACUAUAAAGCAGAUUUCACAGAAUGCUAUAAUAAAGGCUAUAUCGCCCGGUCAACUGAUUCAGGACAAAUUACUGGUACGGAGGCCAAUGCAACGUCGUGGGUUAUAACACCCUUGGGAUUAAAAUAUAACUAUACCGACAUGGUGGACAAACCGGAAAAGGGUAAGCCGAUGGUCCGCAGUCUCAUCUAUCUUUCGCCUGGAUUAAGUAACGCCACAUUGAAAUUGCUCCGUAAGGACAAGACGGAAGUAACGUCAAUUCUGGUCAGUAGUUUAGAAUUUUCACAAUCGAAGUUAGAAAAAAUCGAGGAUCCAGGUGAAUAUGACGUCUAUCUGGACGAAACACUGCUGGAAGAGAACGUGCCUUUCAAACUCGGUGGGGUGUACACCGUGGUGGGGUCUCACAUUAAGUCAAAGAUCGCCGGCAAAACAGUGCAGGUCACACCGCCCAAUUCGCUGCACAUGGCCUGGAUGUUGCCGCAAUACAUCAUCAUCACGAUGGGCGAGGUGAUGUUCUCCGUGACAGGCUUGCAGUUCGCCUUUACUCAGGCGCCAGUGAGCAUGAAGUCUCUACUGCAGGCCGGUUGGUUGCUGAGCGUGGCCUUCGGCAAUCUCAUUGUGGUCAUCAUAAAGGGUGCGCGUCCCUUCGACCGGCAAGUGUACGAGAUUUUCCUAUAUGCCGUUUUGAUGGCAGCAGUCAUAACGAUAUUCGCCGUAAUGACCAUAUUCUACAAAUACGUGGAAAUACCAGAGGAAGAAGAUACUGAUGGGGCCAUACCCCUAGAAGAAAAGGGGAACGUCAAUUUGGCUUACAAAGAGGAUAAAAAAUGAAAGUGAUGGUCGACUGACAGAGAAAUAAUAAUUCUCACGUGUUCCUUUAUACAAAGGGUAAAAACACGUAUCGCAGCCUAUUAAAGUACGAAGGAUAUGAUUGCUCGUGCAUCGAGGGUUCCUAUCGUUUCUAUCGAGCAUCUAUUAGUCUCGAGAGUAUGACAAGAUAUUAGGAAUAUCUUUUUUCCUAACACACAAUCUCACUUCUCCUCUUUCUUUCGUACAAAAUUUAUAACAGACUGAAGAUACACAUUUUAUAAUAGCUAAUCCAUAAUGCAUUUCAACUAGUAAAGAGAAUGGGAGUCCAUGGAGUGAGGCAUAUUUUAUAUUUCGGAACAAUAUUUAAAACUUUAGAGAUUAUAAACAAGAAAUCUUAAUAGUUUUUAUAUUCUU